AUGGGGCGUUGCAUUUAUGGCGGGAUUUACGAUCCCGGCAAUAAGAACGGUCUAGUCGACGAGAACGGUUUUCGUACCGAUGUGAUUGACUGUAUGAAAGAAUUAAAGGUGCCAAUUAGUAUUACGGUACCCUGGAGGGAAUUUCACGGUCACGUAUCAUUGGCUAGACUGAGUAGGUCCAAGGGAUCAGCGGCCGAAGAAUAUACAAGCUGCCUGAAAGGGGGUGGAAAGAAAUCACUUCGGUACAGAUGA